CUCACGCUGGUGCCCUCUCCACCCCCAUGCCCAAAUGCUCAGCCCUCCCCAGGCCGGGGCUCACCUAAUCCCCACAGUGGGAGUCGGGGGGCAUUUGCGCCUGAGCCGAGGGCUAGGGUUGCAGCGUGGUGACUUCACACUCAGCAGCAUGUGCAGCUGAGGCCUCCGUGCAGCAGGCUCCCGCGAGGUGGGCAGCGAGGUCAGCUUGGCAGCCGCUGCCUCUCCAGCCCCGAUCUGGCCGCAGGCAGCCGGUUCCCCGAGACCCAAGGAAGGGAUGGCCGAACAAGAAGCCAGUGGGCUGCAGGUCCUGCUGCGCACGCUUCAGAACUCCUCUGACAGGGAGUCCAUCCUGAACAUCCUCCAGGUUCUCGGAGAUCUGCUUUCUGUUGGCACUGACCGAAGGAUUCGCUACAUGAUCAGUAAGGGUGGCAGUGAGGCCCUUCUGCAGACCCUGGUGGACACAGCGAGGGCAGCCUCUCCAGACUAUGAUGUCCUCCUGCCCCUGUUCCGGCUGCUGGCCAAAGUUGGCCUACGAGAUAAAAAGUUUGGACAGAAGGCACUGGAGUUGGAAGCACUUGAUGUGACGUUAAUUCUGGCCAGGAAGAACCUAUCUCACAGUCAGAACCUCCUCCACUGUCUCUGGGCUCUGCGUGUGUUCUCCUCCAGUGUCACCACAGGAGCCAUGCUGGGAAUUAAUGGAGCAAUGGAACUUCUUUUCAAGGUCAUCACCCCUUACACCCAGAAGCGCACCCGAAUAAUCAGGGCCGCCACCAAAGUUCUGGCAGCAUUGCUGAAAUCCAAGUCUAACAGCCGCAGGGCUGUGACCAGAGGCUACGUCACCAGCUUGCUCAGGCUGCAUCAGGACUGGCACGGCCAUGACACAGCCAAUACCUAUGUGCUGAUCCGCCGGACGCUUCUGCUCUGCCUCAAGCACAUUGCCAACCUCCGGUCUGGCAGGGAGGCCUUCCUGGCAGCUCAGGGCAUGGAGAUCCUCUUCAGCACCACACAGAACUGCCUGGAUGACAGAAGUUUGGAACCCAUCGUCUCCGUCGUAGUUCAGAUCCUGAGACAGUGCUACCCAAAGAGCCCACUUCCCUUGGUCACAGCCACCAGUGCCUACGCCUUCCCAGUCCCUGGGAGCAUCCCUUCCGAACCUCCGUGUGUUCUAACUGAAGAGGAUUUUGAAGAUGACGCUGAUGAAGAAGUUGAUAAAGAUUCAGAUUCUGAAGAGGUGAAAGACCAAGAUGAUGAUUUGGAAACAGAUGUGAACAAACUGAGUUCCAAACCUGGUCUUGACCGACCCGAGGAGGAACUGAUGCAGUACGAGGCAAUGUGUCUUGAGCUCUCCUGCAGCUUCGAGGAACUCAAGUCUCAAUCUGGAGAUGAUAUGAAGUUCGAAGAGACUCAGUAUGCCAAUCAUCACCACAUUCCAACUGUCGCCUCCCCAAAGUGGCAUGGUUUGAAUAAGGACCAAAGUUCUUGGAAGCAAGGAAGAGAAGACAUGGUCCAGACUUCCCUUCUGAGCAAGGUGAAGAUGGGGAGGUCCACCAUGCAUCCAGCCUCCAGAAAAGGACCUGGGAUGAACCCAUGCCAAAACAUGCAAUCCAAUGGAUUUGGGAUAGAUUCUUCUGGAAAAGAAAUCCCUGACAUUCAAGCUUCCCUCAAACAGGAUGCUUGGGACAUAGAUGUUAUUUCCUGCCCAAUGAUUAGUGCCUCCUUUUCCAAUUCCGAUAGGCCUAGAGAAACUGAUGAAGUAAUAGAUAAGCUUCUGCAGACACAUCCCAAGCCUGUCCCCUUCCAUGACCCCUGUCUCUAUAUGGCCAAAGCAAGAAGAACCAGAUCUGUGGCCGACUUCAAGACAAUGGCAUUUCCUGACCUCUGGGGACAUCGUCCACCACCCUCUGCCCAGUCGAUGUUGGAACGCAAAUGUGGAGUCCAAAGGAUCAAGAUAUUUGAGGAUGUCCGGAGGCUCAUCCAGCCAACUGAUAUUAUAAAUAAAGUCGUCUUCAGUUUAGAUGAGCCUUGGCCUUUGCAAGACACUGCUUCCGAUUGCUUGCGGUUCUACUCCAAGUUUGAGUCAGGAAAUCUCCGGAAAGCCAUCCAAGUGCGUGAGCUGGAAUAUGACUUGCUGGUCAACGCUGAUGUGAAUAGCAGCCAACAUCAACAGUGGUUCUACUUCAAGGUGAGCGGCAUGAGAGCUGCUGUUCCGUACCGCUUCAAUGUCAUCAACUGUGAGAAGCCCAACAGCCAGUUUAAUUACGGAAUGCAGCCAACUCUGUAUUCUGUGAAGGAGGCUCUUCUUGGCAGACCCACCUGGAUACGGAUGGGCUAUGAAAUCUGCUAUUACAAAAAUCAUUACCGCCAGAGCACUGCUGUCACAGGGGGAGCAUCUCAGAAGCAUUUUUAUACCCUCACCUUUGUGGUCAACUUCCCCCACAAUGAGGACGCCUGCUACCUGGCCUACCACUAUCCCUACACCUAUACUGCCCUCAUGACUCACCUUGACAUCCUGGAAAAAAGCGUGAACCCCAAGCAAGUAUACUUCCGCCAGGAUGUUCUCUGCCAGACUCUGGGAGGGAAUUCAUGUCCAUUGGUGACCAUCACAGCCAUGCCCGAGUCCGAUAGUGCUGACCACCUGGAACAGUUCCGGCAGCGUCCAUGCCAGGUGAUCACAGCCCGAGUGCACCCAGGAGAAAGCAAUGCCAGCUGGGUGAUGAAGGGGGCCUUGGAGUUCCUGGUCAGCAGCGACCCUGUGGCUACACUCCUGAGGGAAAACUUCAUUUUCAAGGUCAUCCCCAUGCUCAAUCCCGAUGGUGUCAUCAAUGGCAAUCACAGAUGCUCACUGAAAGGGGAGGAUUUGAACAGACAAUGGCUCUCUCCCAGUGCCCAUCUCCAGCCAACAAUCUACCAUGCCAAAGGACUCCUGUACUACCUGAGCAGUAUUGGCCGAAGUCCCAGGGUCUUCUGUGAUUUUCAUGGCCACUCUCAAAAGAAGAAUGUAUUCCUUUAUGGUUGUAGCAUCAAGGAGACCUUGUGGCAAGCAGAGUCCGCUAUGGGCACAUCUACUGUCUUGGAAGAUGUCGGCUACAGGACUCUUCCCAAAAUCCUUGAUAAGCUAGCUCCAGCAUUCACGAUGAGCAGCUGCAGUUUCCUCGUGGAGAAAUCCCGAGCCUCCACAGCCCGGGUGGUGGUGUGGAGAGAGAUGGGGGUGUCCAGAAGCUACACGAUGGAGAGCAGCUACUGUGGCUGCAACCAGGGGCCCUAUCAGGGUCUACAGUUUGGAACCAGUGAACUGGAGGAGAUGGGAGCCAUGUUCUGUUUGGGUCUCCUCAUCUUGGAACUCAAAUCUGUAAGCUGUAGUCAUCAGCUCCUGACCUGUGCAGCAACUCUCCUGAAUGCUGAGGAAGAGGCUCUGGACCACCACCUCCAGCGAUGCAGCAGCAGCAGCAGGAGCAGCGUCACUUCAGAACUGGAUGAUGAGCCCCCCUGCAUGGAGGAGAUUGAUUACAGUACAGACAACAGCUCAGACCAGGAAGGAAGCUUCUCUGAGCUGGACCGGCAGAUCCAGGAGUGUGCUUUCAACAAGGAUGAGGGAGGGGAAGAGGAGGAGGGGUCAGGACAGGGAAGAAAAGCCAUCCCAUAGCCCCAGGGUUGUAGUGAGUUCCAAGUCCCUAACCAUUGGACUAAUGGCUAAGUAGUUUCUUCACCAUCAGAAACUACAGUGUUGGUGCAAAAAUCCAGCCCAUGUGAGUUCAGCAACCUAUUUCCAGAUUUUGUUCUAGUGUCACUAUGCAUAGAGACCGGCUACUUCAUAAUUAUACCAUUUUACAGACAUAGUUAGGUGGCCUUUGGAGCCCUUGCAUGCUGCCAUUAUGCUAGAAUGGGCUGCUUUCAGGAUUACCAUGGAUCCUCUCAACACUAUUUUGCGCUCCUCUCCAUUCCUAUGCUUGAAGUUGGAGCAGACUGGAAGGAGGAGUUGAGGCUACUUUUUGGCUUCUCAGCCAGAUUUCUAUGUGGUUGUUUAAGUUGUUCUAAAUAUGAGUGUUACCUCCUAUUGUUGUCUUCCUACUAUAGCAUCUGAGCUCCUCAGCACAAAUGGUGAGCCCUACUGAGACUUCUGAGAGUCCUAGCAGCAUAUUUAGUUUCUGAAUUAUUGAACACGAAAGGCUGCACAACCAAAAAUUUGCAAGCAUCAUGCUUGGUCUGUUUUAACAGUAUAUAUUUUACAGAUCCAGUAUAAACCAGGACCCGUCCUAGGUUCUAAGGGAGAAGGCACAAUACUGAACAAGACAUGGCCAAUGGUUUCUACAAACUUGAAAAUCCUAUGAAUUCAGGCCACUAACCAUAAUGCUGGGAGGCAGCAAGCCAUACUGGAAAAAUCAUUCACUUCAGGCUCAGACAGAUGUGGCUCAUAUCUUGAAUCUGGCAGUCACUUGUUAUGAGAACUAAGGCAACUAAUUAAAUUUCCCCAAACCUCAGUUUUCUUAUACAUACAAUUGAGAUGAACAUGUCUAUAUCAUAUCUUUAUCAUAAAGUUAUCAUAAAGAUGAAACAAGAUAAUAUAUAAUAAUAUAAAGGAUUGGCACAUGAUAGACACUCAACAAUGUUGGCUUCUUUUCCUCCAUAGUCCAAGUAGAACAUUCUGUAUGAGUACUUUCACAGUUACACAAAACAUUACCUAAAGCCACAUGGUUGGAAAGUACUCCCUCUUCCUGGAGGGGAUUGGGAAGGAGGUUACAUAGGAGCAGAGUGUAGGAGGUUGGAAUGUCAUAGAAUAAGUGAAAUGGAGCAAGAGCCUUCAGCAUGCAGAGGCAAAUAGAUUAGAGAUUUAGACGACAACAUAUACAGGGCCCAUGCAGAAAGGAUGAGAAGGGGCAUGGAAGACAGGUACUGAAUGACAGAUAAGAUGGAGAAAAUAGGGUAGAUCAAACUUACAUUUGUCCAGAUGCCGUAUAUAUAUUUAGUUAUGGUUAGGUUUGGCUCUGAGAGAUGGAAAAUCCAAAAUUGCAGUAGCUUUUGUGAAACAGAAGUCUAUUUCUCUUUUGUGUGGUUUCCAUAUAGAGGUAGGCCAGAGCUGGUAUCAUAAGUACAUGGUGUCCAGCACUCAACUUGUAUGGGCUUCCAGGUCUGCUGUGUGUUGGUUGGUUUUACUCUUAAUCUAAGAUGGCUGCUAAAGCGUCAGCCUUUGUAUCUACAUGUCAGCCGGCAAUAAGAAAGAUAGAAAAAGAAGAACACAGUCUCUGUAUUUCAAAAGCCAUGCGUUAUGCUUCUCCUUAAUCCCACCAUCUAGAAAGGGGUCCUAUCACCGCAGGUAGCUGCAAGAGAGGUUGGAAAAUAUAGUUUUUAUUUGAGGUGGGCCUAGGGAAAAGGAAAUAAUACAAACUGGAGAUCAAAUACUGCCAAAUACUUUCCUUGAUAAACCAAUCACCACCAAGAGAUUUGGGAAACAAUCAUCUCAGAAAAAACUCAUAGCAACCCUCUAGACCAGCAGAAAACCACACAGUAAAACUUUGCCAUAAUGUAGCCCCAAGGCAUAGGAGAAAGUCAUGUGUGUUAUGAUUUAAGGAGCUGAUGUUAUUAUUAUUAGUAGUAGUAGUAGUAUUACCACUACUAUUAUUAUUUAUAGUCUCUUCUUUUUCCAACUCCCUUCCAAAUUUCUUUGCUAUAGUUCAGAAAUCCUAUAUCCAUUCUUUGCACUAUGACACUCAGAUGUCUAUAACAUAUAUAAGAGGUUUAAGGGAAAUAACAAAGACAUUUAAUUCAAAUCCCAGAUAACAGCAGUCCUGAACUUCUCUCAUAAACCUUUCCACUCUUAAAUAGAAGAUAACAUAAAGUUUCUGUUCUUUCCUUGUUUUGAGGAGUCAAGAAGAUAGUUUUGCUGAAAAUGUAACUGUCGGGAAGGACAGAAAUAAUACUAACUCACCAUCACCACUUUGUUCCCCAGCUCAAAUUAGUUUAUGGGAUGAGCUUCUCAUUACCUGAAAGGUUUCUGAGAAGAAAGUGAUCAGGACAUUGUAAAUUUCUAUGCAUGUUCGGGGAAAGCCAGGGACAUGGAACAUGUGGUUUGUCUAUGUAACAAGCAUAUAUUGAACACCUAUUAUGUGUCCUGUACUUUACUAAGCUCUAAGGAUGCAGAGAAAAGGACCCACUCUGCUUGAAGAUGUUUGCAGUUCAGUGGGAAAGAUGAGCAAUACACACUUUAAUACAGUGGCACAUGCCUUUGUGAAGCUUGUGUUGGUAGACAAUGUUGGAAUCACCAAAUCUAAUGGAGCAGCAGUGGUGGGAAACAUUACCAAGGUGUGAUAAUUGAAGUGAUUCUUGAAGGAUGUACAAGGGUUUUCAGGUAAAAAGGAGAAGAAGGAUGCUAAGAAGUAGAAAGAGAUUGUGCAAAAGCCCUGUGUUGGGGUUACAGCUUGAAAUAAAAUGAUGAGCGUGACCGGCUUAAAAGAUGUGUUUGCAUGCGGGUAAGGGAAGGGAGUGACAAGAGAUGAAAUUAAGAUUGGCAUCGAGAUGAUCAAGCAACAUUUGACGUGCCUUGAUGGAAAAGUUGAAUUUUAUUCUGAACGUGCUGGCAGAGACAAGGAAUGUUCCGCAGAAACAUGCCCAGGACUAAUGUCUGCAGGCAUGCAUCAGCACCACUGCAUAAGUACUUGCUUAUGACUGACGGAUUGGACACCCUGCUGUGCUGGUAGUUCAAUAGCAUGAGUACCCUAGUGUAACAUUUCCAUAUUUGAAGAUCAGCAGGUUUGCAGUGAGGUGAGAGAUAAUGAGUGCAGUUUAGGGCCAUGUUGAAUACUGGGGGCCCAUGAUAUGUCCAUUUGGAAAGGACUCCUAGAAGCCAGAGGUGCAUCAGUAGAAGGAGAGUUAUAUCCAGUGAGAUAGGGACUAUGUGGAAGUCUUGAACAAAUAAGCCCAGGUGCAAAUCAGCUGGGAAGGAGUUUGUUUGUAGGGAACAGAGGACCUGGAGAAAGAGCUUACUUCCCUCUCUUGCCACUGGGACUGCAGGCCAUUCUGUGUCACACCUCACCAGUGUUCAGUCUGGGGGGAAGAGAGGACUCACUGGGAAGUCAACUCCAGAUAGUCAUAGGAGUGGCUCUUCCAGCCUGGCCAGACAUGUCUCUUGCUGGCCAAACCACUAUGGUGAACUGUUCUGAAUACCCUCUUCUACCAAACUCAGAGCCAAACAAGAUCACUCAACAAUUCCUGGGAGUGGGAGGCUCCAAUGGGAAGCAGAUGUGGUUCAAAGUGUGCAGGGGUGGGAUGAGAGUCUAGAGAAGUGAUGUUGGGGGCCAGGUCAUGGCACAGGUGUCGUGUAUCAAUCGUUAUCCAGUGCUCUGUCUGGCAGGGGUGUGGGUGGGGAUGCUUCCGUUUCCUGGGGGAGCCCUGUGCACUUUCUCUGAUGGGGGCAAAGGGGGGUAGCUUGCUUGUUAUGUCUUUAGGAUAGUCCUAUUGAGGGUAGAGAAGCACAAUGCUUCUUGCGAUCCCAUAAGGAUCAUACUUCCAUGAUCCCCUAAGGGUGGAAUCUACUGGCUGCUCUUGACACUUUCCUGUGAUAGAAAACUUCUUAGCUUCAUAGUUCCUACAGGAAAAAGAUCCCUGCACAACCUGGCCCCAGUCUUCUCUACAGACUCAGGUUCCGCUAUUAUCCAAACUCUUUAGUUUGCCAUAGGACACAGCUUUAUUUUAUCCCAUCACACAUAUACAGUGUGUGUGAACACACACACACACGCACACACACACACACACACACCACUUCUUGAGCCACAUAGCUCCAUAAAAACCCUCUGAAUUUUCAAACAUGAUCACAUUUUUCUUCUGUCUCUGGUGAGCAUCUCCCAUUAUAUCAUGUGGGGGUUGCAAGGCCCAGUUCAAAUAUCACCUUUCUUCUGUAAAGCCUUUCCUAAUCACCCAAGUCAAGUUAUAUCAUCUCUCUUCUGUGUCCCUGUUGCACUGUUUAGGCAUACCUUCUAAAGCACGCUUUCUAGUUAUAAUUUUUUUUCUAGUUAUAAUUUUAUUUGUGCAUUUUUUAUAGCCCCACCCCCAGUGGCUGAUGGGUGGAUUCGUCUAAGACACACGCCCCUGAUAUUUUCUUGCUAUCUCUCCCUGCAUCUAGCAUACUUCUUGACACAUCGAAGGCAGUCAAAUGUGUCUUCCCCCCGCCUCAAACCUGAACACCUAAGGUCUCAGUGAAAUCCCAUAUAUUUCCCUUAAAUCCCUUCAUCUUCCAUCUCAAAUCAGAGUUUGUGUUGCAGGAAAGGUAAGUGAUUUCACUAAAAGGGUGCCUACCAUGUGCACAUCUCAGCCUCCCAAACUGACAGUUGCCACGGAAGACUGUUUCCCAUGGGAGGCAAGCUUAAGAAGGAACAGAGUGGCCUUGCCCUGGCCUGUAUUGUGCAAAUGUUUAGAUAGAGCAGAGAAGACAUAGGAGCAGAAUCUCUAAGAGUCGCCAGUGGCUGCAGUAUUCAUCCAGGUGCUUUGGACCACAGGCUCGCUUCAGUGGGAGCUGGCACAUGGCUCCCUGUGCCUCGUGCCAACUUGGCUGCCUGGCCACUUCUUGCAGUCUUUUCAGUGAGAAUCCAAAAACUCCAUCCAUUGGCUCCAGUUGCUUCCAGGCCUCCAGAAAAAAAGGAUUCAGAGCCACAGGGAACAUUUGAAAAUAACCUGAUUCUUGAGUUACAAGCUCACCUUGAGGGAUGCCAACACAAGUAAGGUCGCAUUACAUCCCUAAGAGGAGGAGUUCUCAUGCACAGCUUUUAUUUCCCAGCCUGGACAGCCGAGCUGUAGAGUCGGUUUCAUGUUCCAAGGGGAGCCUCUGCUCUCUGCCAAGAGAAGGAGCGUCCGUGAAAUGCCUGCCAUAAGUCAUCCUUGUUAGGGACUCAGGACAGUGGCCUGCAUGGUGGGUCUGAACAUUUGCAUUGGCAUUAGAGUGAUAGAUUCCCUUAGCCCUGCUGGUCCACCCUGCUCCAGCCCCCUAAAGGCUCCAGUCUUGGAAAGACACAGACACAGUAGCCUAGGUACUCACCAUGAGAGCUUUUUUUUGGGGGGCAAAAAUAAUUCAUUAGGUCUUCUCAACAGAUGUCCUCUUUUGUUCAUGCAGCACUUUGGCUUCAUGAGUGCCCAACUGAUUCUUGAUAAAGAGUGUUGUUUAGAAAAAAGAAAGCGGUAAAAAGACAUUUUUGGGUAAAAAUGGAUUGUAUUAUGGUCUUUCAGUGUCUAAUAAAAAGAGAAUGCAAUUGCA